AUGCAGCGUUAUGGUCGAGACCUCCAGAAUAACCUCAUGGCAGAGCAGCAACACGUGCUUAACAAUGCGUUACAUAGUAUUCAGGCAACCAUCACUGAAAAGGCCGGCAUCAACGAUUUCAACCAAAUUAUGGAUGCUAAGGCUAAGGAAUUAAGGCAUGAAGUUGUCAAGCGAGACAAGGAGAUAGAGGCAAGGGAUAAACGGAUAGAAGUGCAGCAGAGAGAGUUCAAGGAACUGUCUGAGAAGUUCAGCAAUAUCACCAGCGACUUGUUGCAUGAGCGAGACAACAUACAAAAGCUUCGGAAGGAAAUGGCUGAGCUGACGCAGCAAGUGGAUGACGAUGUUUUAGGAGACAAAGAGGUCUUCAGGCGUGCAUUGACUCCGGAGCUUCUGGGGCAAGCUACUACUCGGCUGACCGAGGCACGCGGCAUUGUGAUGUACUUUAAGAACGAGGAGAAGUCGGAGAAGAACACAGCCCACAUCAAUGAGUUGACAAUUCAGUUCAUGAAGGAACAUAUCCCAAAUCUCAGUGUUAUGGACCUGUCGGCGUUUGCAGUGCCACCAUACCACAGAUGGCUCUGGCACCCCGAACGAAAGCUCACUAGAGUCACUGCAGGAUUUAAACUGAAGGUGCUGGCAUUGUAUGCUGCCCCUUACAAGGAGGUCUUGCUCCUUGAUGCGGAGACGCUUCCUACCGUGACACCUGAGGCUCUCUUUGACAACAAGGACACCUUUGGUGCAGCUUUUUACGUAACAGACAAGGCAGAGCAGUACUACCAGUCAGCCAAGGUUAUUGACUCUGACAGGUGCCACUACAACUUCUCCGACUUCCAAGCAGACAAGCAGCGGUGUCAAGUGGCCUACGACUUUGCCAAGAGCGGAGAAAAAGAUACCCCUCCUGUCUGGAAGGUGCCUGAGGGCUCGCUGAUUCAGAAGGUGCAGCACUAUGCAUAUGAGGCAUUCCUUGAAGCACGCGUUCAAAUCAACAAGAACGCUGAGCUGUUUGCUAAAUGA